GUCUUUUGCUUCCGUUGAAACUUAAAAUGUUUGUAGCUUAUGGCUCCGCCUUGAGAGCCGACUUCAGCAGUUUAUGUUUGGUCUGUGUCACUGCCAGCUGCUUUUGAAUAAAAACUAUCGCAUUUCGAAGUGCUCAGUUAAGCGUUUAAACCUGGUAAAUCGGAUCAUUUGGGUAGUGUAGAUGGAGACAAUUUUUGCGAAACUUGAGGACAAACAACGUGAGCUUCAUGGCAAGAAAGGACGAAUAAUUGAGUCGUGGAAUAGAUUUGCUUGUUCGGUUCGAGAGGCAGUAGAGUUUUAUUCAGAAGCCAAAAAGGCUGAACUCUAUAAUUGGGCUCAAGGAUUUCCAUAUCAAGUGAAACAAACCAUUUCUAAAGUUCCAUUUCGAAGCGCAUUCUUGGCUUUCUCGCCAUAUUUGAUGUAUUUGUUACUGUUCUCGAAUUACAAAUUGAUUCGCCAGUUAAUUGGGCUUACUCUGGUGCCUCGGCCAAACAUGAGCUUUUGUCCAUCAUUGGAACUAUUGAUCUUUCGCUGCUUUCCUCAUCAAGUGUUGGCUAAGUUUGCCAAUCCAGUUUUUGACAUUUUAGCUGCCAUUCCUUAUUUGAUUCAUUUUCCAUUACCUGCCCUAAUGGUGUUGCAUAAACUUGUGGAUAAACGAAGACGAUCAACAUUGUUCUUUUAUAUGUGGAUUGCUGGAUGGUGUAAUUUUGUUGGUGUCUUCAUUCAGUUUGUUUUUCCUACUGCUCCACCAUGGUACAUGGACAGUGUUGUGUUUAAUCCACAAGGUGCAGAAUUGAAGGCUGGUUAUAAUGAGGCUGGUUUUCACAGACUUGAUGCUGUAUUAGGCUUUCCAUUGUUUCAUAAACUAUACUCAGCUUCACCUAUCAAAUUUGGAGCAUUUCCUUCACUACAUGUGGCAUGGCCAACUAUAGUGCUUGUAUGUGAUCCAUGGAUCAGUGAACGUUUUGCUAAGAUUCAUGUGUUAUGGAUAACUUGGGCGGCACUUUAUUCCAAUCAUCAUUAUGGUGUUGAUGCACUUGGCGCUAUUAUAAUGGUGUUUGCAGUGAGAUUUUUUGCUGGGAUCUGGAGUCCAUUUGAAAACAAUUCAAAAAGUAGAAGAGAUAGCUACUCAAAUUUACUGCAAGUUUAGGUUUAUGUUGUUAUACAUAUGCACAAAGAUUCACAACACAAACUCUUUGCUUCAUACCAGCCAAACUAAAAGUAUCUUUCAAUCACAAAAACAAGAAUGAAAAUAAUUAUAGUCACCUAAAUUUCAUACCAUUCUAUUUACAAAAUUUCUAUCAUUGCAA